GCCUUUGAUAACAUUUGAUUCAGAUUCGCCUACCUCUGGACCGUCAUAAUACAGCCGCAGUUAAAAAAACUGUCCCACAUGGGGUUCAACUUUCAAGUUGGCUUCGACAGUAUCCUACAUCACAUCUGUGUGGGUCCAAAGCUGCCAUACAUCCACUUGGCCGCCCAAAUUCUUGAUGUCGAUAUCCUGGUAACUACAUGAUUUGAUGCACUACAUCGACACUGUUCGCAGGACUUUGGAGACCACGAACGGAUUCGCCACAAAAAACUGGGGAAAAGGGAACUACCAUAUGGAGGACCCACUUAAAAAACAUAUUCCUGCUUUUAUGAUCCUGGUCCACGCCGCUCCCCCUUGGUUACGGGUGGAACAAGACGAAGCGCCUGCAAACUUGCUACGAUAUUUGCCACCGAAGGAUCAGAACCUCCCCUCACCUGCUGCCGCAUUAAGGACAGAGUCGCCGUAGCGAGAAAGCGUGCAUUUGCUGAUUCAUUCUGGAAAAAUACACGCUGUCGUUCAGCCCGUCGGUUCGCGCUGCGGAUAUACUGCUCUUUCCGCAGCGUUGAACGCCUCGAUCUUUCUUGAACCAAAUCCGCUUCUUCUCUUCGCUGACAAUUCGUCUCUCUCUCACACCUCCUCCUCUCAAAGUCCAGCCUUUUUUCGACGACUGCCGUGUGCCUUCUUCUCAGUUCCUUUAAUUCCGAUGCAAGCUGCUGUGACUGUCUCGUCUCCGUGCCCCCAGCACCACCUGUAUCUUUCUGUUGGGUCGAUUUCCAAAAAUCAGAUUCCUUCCUGUGCAACGCUUGUAACAGACGGCUUUCCUCUCGACGUCUCUCUUGUUCUUCCUGUACAUCCCUUGCAAUGUCGGCUUCUAGCUUCGCACAUUCUGGACACGUUUUAUGGGGCUCAGGCGAAACCUCCCUCUUCGGCCGCCGACGACGAAAGAACACAGUGUAUAGUCGGCGAAAGAGAGAGGGUGAGCUACCUGAAUCACCUGGUGCAUCGAUUCCUGAUAAACCCCUUGACUCAUUUCCAUGGCCUUCGUAAGAACCACGGCGUUCACCGGCUCCAUCGCGUGACAGAACCUCUUCAGCAGCUUUAGCGGGAGAGACGGAGGGGGCCAGUUCGUGGCCUAUUCUGGGACUAUACUGCAGCGCCGUCACAACGCACGCCAUUACCGGGAAUAAAGGUAUCCCCAAGUCCCUGCUUGCCCUCAUCCCUACUUUGUUUCCCACUCUUAUGAGCAUGUACAGGACACAUUCCCCACUUUUCAGAGGCGUAGAGUAGCGCACGCCACCACCUGGCUCGUGUCCAGACCGCGACGCUGCCGGGCACCGUCGAUUUUCCUAACUUGCUUGCUUGAAUCCGACGUAACCCUCCUUGAUCCUUUCGCAGGCAAGGCAGACGGUUUUUUAGUAGAUGUUUUCUAGCUUGAAUCACCCAAGGACGACACGGUGACAGAAAAUGGACAGACAAGUGCAUGUCUUGUUCGCUGGUCAGGGCAAGCGACCACCAUUUGCUGGCAUAGCGUGAUCCGGAAGCUCGUUGUCUCACUUUCCGGUGACCUUCCUCCGACACAGCAAAGCCAGGACCCACAUCCGGGAUUGCAUGAUGUUGCGGUGUCAUUUCUAGGUUUCACGAAACGAUGACUUGCAACAAUCAAUCAUACAACUGCCUCAAACGGCGCUGCUCCACGGACGAGAAAGCCGGUUGGGAGGGCCCCGUGUCUACCGUUGAGGCAUGCAACUGUGGCGUCAAUCUAGCGUACGAGCGAGCUUUUCUGUUCGACUGCAUGCAAACUUGACAACACUUCCGUGAGUUGAGACGUGUGGGAGAGAUAUGCUUGCACGUCUUGUUUGGAUUUACGGCUCCGUUGGUCCACUUCCUUGACACCCAGAAAACGUCCCAGCACCGUAAGCUUCGUUCCUCUCUUGCUUUGCGCUUCUUUCAUUACCUUGGAUAACGCACAUCUCGAGUGCUUCUCGCCAAGACCUCUGUCGGGGCCUGACUCACGAGAGGCGCACAUUCAGUGAGAAUCUCCCAUUUGAUUUCCUACUAAAAGCUUCAUUUACUCCGAGAGGAUCCGCACCAUUUUCGUGUUUUCCGUCGGCAGCCAUGGUACCUCAACGGAAGCCGUUGAAUGGUAUCUCCUCCAUAGUGUCACACCAGCAGUCGGGCAGUCCACAGAGUCUGCUGCCCGAUGCCGGAAAAGAUUUAAGUUCCGCACCAGCAGAUUCAAAUAUUCCUUCCCCCUCUCGUGAUUGUGAAAGCGAAAGAAGUUUCCGCGGGGAAGUGACCCGUACCACCUGCGCCGACUCGUCGGGCUGUCGUGACGGCGAAGGGGAGCGAGGAGACCUUCCCCUGCCUGCCUUGCGCGACUACUGGGAAGAAUUGUACGAACAAGAGCUGCAUUUGGCCUCACCCUGUGGCAGCGAAUGCGGUGGGGAUGCGGAAGAAAGUCUGUCAGGUGAGGGUACCGACCCCGAUGAUAGCGCGGACAGCGACACCACGACAGUCUACGAAGGCAACGGCGAAGAAUGGUUUGAGGCGCAGAGCGAGGCCAUCGCGAACUGGCUUCUGUCGAAAACUCAGGAGCUUUUCAGCGAAGGGAGGGUUCCCAGCGCUGCCAGCGGAAAUGCUGGUGUCGAACUCGCUGCUAAUUCGGAGACGGAAGAAGGAACAGAUGCAGCCACUCGGCACCUGCAAAUACCGAUUCUAGAUGUGGGUUGCGGGAAUGGUAUAUUUCUUCUCCGUCUCCUUCGUCGUGGAUUCACGGCGCUAGCUGGCGUCGACUACAGCGCGGCGGCCAUCCAGCUGGCCCGCCAAAACGUAAGCAGAGUGCUGCAUCGCAAGAAGCACCGCCAACGCCGGCGGAAGACCCUUCGCGCCAGAGAGUCAUCUGGACAAACGGUAGGGGAUCAGAGGGGUGAAGGCUGCCACGACAGGUCUCUCCUUUCCUCGACAGCUGACAUGCCUGAAGCCGUCGUCUCUUAUCGUUUCCCCCACGUGUGCUUGGCCCUCGUGGACUUGAGGAAGGUGAGCCCGCUAGGCGGAGCCGGAGAAUUGCCCGCGUUAUCAGGUGCGAAGUCGCCGACUGACGCGAAGGCGCCUGGAUGGCUCUGCAGAGUCUAUCAGAGUGCAAGAAGGAGGCACUGCGUUGAACGAGAAACGCGACGAGCGGAGAAAGCGGCCUCCGACUCCCUCAAUACAGCGUCCCACGACAUUAGCAACGAUACCCAGGAGAGCGACAGAGAGUCGAAACGCAGUGAUGGAGCAGAUUCCACGGAAAAGGAAGCCCCCACAUCAGAGCGGUGGCGAGAACUCAAAUCGAAGUGCCGAGACACUUCGGGAGGUGUUGAGCGCGUCGGCAGGCUUUUUUGGUGCUGCGGGGAGGCCGUCGAAGGUGGCCACAAGGAUAGUGAGCCAUUGUCUAUCCUCCACGCUCUCCCUCAGUUCCCAAUCAUUCACGACAAGGGCACCUUUGAUGUGUUCUAUCUGCUGAAAAUACCGAAGGUGUACGUGCAGCGGAUUUGGGCGCUCCUACCCGCUCGAGGCCUCCUCUGUCUUACGUCCUGCAAUUGCACACGGGAAGAGUUGGAAAGCUUCUUUUGCGAGCGGGAAAACGGUGACAAACCGUUUUUUCAAGUCCUGGACCAACUGCGUCACAAAGCCUUCAAAUUCGGCGGUGUUGAGGGCCAAAUUGUCACGACACUCAUGUUCGCGCGAGCAGACGCUUGAUGGGGGAACACGAACAAGAGUAAACGGGUCAGUUAGUGCAAAAGAACGAAAGUUCCAUUCCUUCGAUGUCUAGAUAGAGGUGAGCAUCCGAGAGAAAUAUGAAGUCGAGGGAGAAAAUGCUUUCUUCUGAAGCUCUCGUCAGUCCGUCCGUUUCCGUUCGUUGUUCGCCACAAGAGUUCGUGCCGCCGUUCAAGCGUACCAGGGCACCGUUUAUCUUCGUAGGUUGUAGUUUACAGCGUACGGGAAUGUAGUUGCCGCAACGAACUGCACUGAAUACUCGUAUUCAUAUGGGCAGGCUUUCGAUGUUUAUUGGAAGAGAGGUGAUCGUGGGGCAUCCGUGGGGAGGACCAACUGCAGCCAACUGCAGGAGGGUGCAUUUAAUGAAAACUGAUUGAUCCGCUACUCGCAAAAGCGAUCCAGUUGUAUAAGCCGAUGUGCCCUCCAUUUAAACUCGAUUCACAAACUUGAGUACGCAGUUCCUUCGUUGAAG